GUAUAUUUGUAAAUAAAACAUGAAAAUUUAAAAACUAGGCAGAACCGUAGAUUUUCUUACAUAUUUUCAAAAAGGAGUUUUCUAGGGGAAACAGUUUCAUUACUUUUGUCCUUUCCCUAUUGAAAUGGUAUUUCUUUCUCUAACAAGUACUGUGUUUUAUUUUCAUAAAGUUCAUGUUUUUCAUUUGGUCAUGAUGGUGUUAAAAAUAAAAAAAGGAAGAAUGAUGAAGUGAUUCCUAUAAUUAUGCCUGUAGAUAUCAAGGAACUCACAGAGGGCUGGUUGGAGCUAGAAAGUGACCCAGGUCUCUUCUCACUUCUUUUGGAAGAUUUUGGGGUAAAGGGUGUCCAAGUGGAAGAAAUAUAUGAUCUGAAUAAACCUCUAGAUAGUCCAGUCUAUGGGUUCAUUUUCCUAUUUCGCUGGGUUGAAGAGAGAAGGUCAAGGAGAAAAGUUGUGGAACAAAAUGAAACAUUUGUCAAAGAUGAGGAAAUUGUUAAUAACAUAUUUUUUGCUCAGCAAAUGGUGCCCAAUAGCUGUGCAACACAUGCCCUGAUCUCCAUUCUUUUGAACUGUCCCACUAUACACUUGGGUGAGACUCUUAUCAGGCUCAAAGCUCAUACCCAUGGCAUGAGCCCUGAUAAUAAAGGAUGGGCUAUUGGAAACACACCAGAGCUAGCCUGUGCCCAUAAUUCACAUGCUAUGCCACAAGCAAAAAGGAAAUUAGAAAAAGGCAGUGGGGUUUCAACAGGUAGGUUUACUGGUGAAGCCUUCCAUUUUGUGAGCUUUGUUCCAAUUGGUGGACGACUCUUUGAGUUAGAUGGCCUGAAACCUUUUCCUAUUGACCAUGGGCCAUGCAAUGAUAUGGAGUGGACUGACAAAUUCCGUUGUGUCAUAACUGAUAGGUUAGGCAUUACAGCUGAUGAAUACAAUGAGAUCAGGUUCAAUUUGAUGGCAGUUGUGCCAGACAGAAGGCUUGCUAUACAGCACAAGCUAAAAAUGCUGAGAACAAACAAACAAAUUGUUUUGGAUGCAUUGCAACAUCUUGUGAAAAUCAAGGACAAGGGAGGAGGAGCAUCUAAAGUAGAAUGCCCAGUAGAAACAAUCAGAGCAAACUCGAAUCUGGAUGAAAACAAGACUGUAGAAACCCUUAAAGAAGAUCCCCUGAAGGGAGAAGAGACAAAACAAUCUAACCUGAAUCCUCCUUCAACCAAAGUAACUCUUUGCCCACUUGACUAUGCCACUCCUCUAACUAUACAAACAUCACCAGCUCCAAGUACCUCUGGAACAGAUACACCAUCUGAUAUUGGGUCAGCAUUCAAUUCCCCAACCCAGGCUUGGAAUUGGACUAAUGCAGCAGUAUGUCAGAACAGUCCCACUUCAAGGGAUUUGAAAAGAUUUGUUGUUCUCAGAAUGGCAGAGCAAGAAGAUAGGGAUAGGGAAAAGGAGAGAGAAAAAAAUGAGGCAAAACCAGAUCCAACUGAACGAAAAACAACAGGAGUGCAUGCAAGAGUUCAUACAAGUGAUGGGGACCCUGUCAUAGCAGAAAAGAAAAACCAGGAGCUGUUAGAACCUCACACUUUUGCACCAAAAGAUCUACUUGCUUUGUUGAGAAACUUGGAAAAUGAGAUUUGUAUGUGUGAAUUGAGUUUGAAAGAUGAGAAUGAUAAACAGAAUAAAUACAAGGUUGAUGACAGCCGUAGAACUCACAACUAUGAUGAAUUUAUCUGCACAUUCUUAUCCAUGCUGGCAGAACAAGGCAAACUUGCUGAUUUGGUAGAACAGAACCUUAUGGCUCCUAAAAGGCCCAAUAAUUCCACCCCUAUACCCAAACCCACUAAGAAGAAGAAGGAUGGCGGCAAGAGAAAGAAGAAAGGAAGGUCCAAAGUGAAAAGAAGAAGAUGAGUGUCAUUGAAGUUUAUGCCAAGAUUCCUGUUUGGUAUGCAAAUUUUUUGAAUGAGAAUUGAAGGUUAUCAGAGUGAAAUGCUUUCAGUAAAAUUAGUGACACAUGAAGGUUUUUAUUCAUUAGUCUUAAGAAAAGCAGGAAAAUAGCAAGGAGAGAGAUAAAGCAGCU